AUGUUUUGGCUACGUAUGAAUAGCGAAAUUGAAGAAAUAGACUCUAAAUGUUCUACUUGCAUGGAAUUUCGCAGUCAAAGGCCAUGUGAACCGAUGAUUCUGCAUGAAAUACCAGACCAUCCAUGGUCUAAUAUCGGCACCGACCUGUUUGAAAUAGGAACAGAAAAUUACCUAAUCUUAAUAGAUUAUUAUUCUAAAUUUCCAGAGGUAAUCAGGAUUCCAAACAAAACUGCCCAUGCAGUGAUAUCAGCAACUAAAUCUGUGUUUGCACGAGAGGGAAUUCCGGAUAAAGUAAUUAGUGACAAUGGUCCCUGCUAUGACAACCAGGAGUAUAAAGAUUUUGCUCACCAAUGGGAGUUCCAUCAUAUCAAAAUUAGUCCUGGUCAUUCUCAAUCAAAUGGCCAAGUAGAAAACGCU